UCCCAUCGCGAGUGGAAGGACAUGAUGGCGGCUUCCAUGCGACUCGGGCAGCAAGGCGUUUUCAUCGCUCUUAGAUUAAUAAAACAAAAUAAGUUGAUUACACAGAAUAAAUUAAUAACGCAGAAUAAAUGUCAGUGGACCUCGAGCUGGAAUGGAAGUGGGUUGAGACACUUAUUUCAGUCGCCGUCAGUGUAUGGUGUGGCUCCUCAGAAUGUUCUGAUGCCAGCACUGUCACCCACAAUGGAGGAGGGAAACAUCAUUAAAUGGCUCAAGAAAGAAGGUGAUGAUGUUGCCGCUGGUGAUGCUCUCUGUGAGAUAGAGACGGAUAAAGCAGUGGUCGUCAUGGAGUCCAAUGAUGAUGGCGUCCUCGCCAAAAUACUUGUGCAGGAGGGCAGCCGUGGGGUGCGUUUGGGAACACUCAUCGCCCUGAUGGUCGGUGAAAGUGAAGACUGGAAGCAGGUGGAGAUCCCGGCCUUUGAGCUAGCCCCAGCCACUGCAGCCCCACCCACUGCUGCUGACCCUGCCCCUCCUGUUGCCCCAAUACCUCCACAUGCAACUGCGGCUCUCAAACCGUUGCGGUUGAGUCCUGCUGCGAGACACAUUUUGGACACGCAUGGUUUGGAUCCUCAUUUGGCAAAAGCCACAGGCCCAAGAGGACUCAUAACUAAAGAAGAUGCUCUGAAUCUGUUGAAUAAGGCUGAUAAAGGUCGAUCAGCACCACCUGCUGCAGUCACAGCUGCUCCGCAUUCACCUGCUGCCCCGACCACUGGCCGCCCCACUUACCCACCCAUGUCUGUACCAGGAAAACCUGGAGCUCCGGGCACGUUCAUAGAGAUCCCGGCCUCUAACGUGAGGAGAGUGAUUGCUCAAAGACUGACACAGUCUAAGAGCACCAUCCCUCACGCAUACGCUUCAGUGGACUGUGACCUCGCAACUGUCAUGAAGAUGCGCAAAGAACUGGCCAAAGAGAACGUCAAGGUUUCAGUCAAUGAUUUCAUCAUCAAAGCUGCCGCUGUCACACUCAGGGAAAUGCCAGAGGUGAAUGUGACGUGGUCUGCCAAGGGUCCACAGGCUCUUGACUCCAUCCACAUCUCUAUCGCCGUGGCAACAGAGCGCGGCCUCAUCACGCCCAUCAUCAAAAAUGCUGCUAACAAAGGCCUGCAGGAGAUCGCUGCCACCGCAAAGGCACUAGCACAGAAAGCACGAGAUGGCAAACUGUUACCAGAAGACUAUCAGGGAGGUUCAUUCAGUAUCUCAAACCUGGGGAUGUUUGGAAUCAGUGGAUUCAGUGCAGUGAUAAAUCCUCCUCAAGCGUGCAUCUUAGCGGUGGGGAGCACCAGGGCAGAACUGAGGUUGGCACCCCAGAACCUGGAUGGCUCGGACCCUGUUCUUUGCACUCAACAGCUAAUGACUGUGACCUUGUCUAGUGAUGGACGUCUAGUGGAUGACGAACUUGCUUCACGCUUUCUGGAAAAAUUUCGCUCAAACCUGGAGCAGCCUCAGCGUGCAAGUCUGGCAUAAAUAGGAAUACAGUAGCAGAAAGAAUGUUGGGAUUGAAUACGCAAUGGUAUUGUGGGGCUUCUCUUCUAGAUCACCCGAGUAAAAUGUUGCUAUUUAUUUGUUUUGAUGUACAUAGAUAUCAGAUUGUCAGUUCCAAACUCUAGGUCAGUGGAUAACUUUGUUUGUAGUUCCAUUAAAAGAAUGGAAAGUUAUCAUUAUAUUUAGAUGUUGUUUCUUCAAUAUUGGGGCAAUAUUGUUUGGUGAAUGGAAUCCUCUGGUAAAUAACUUCACUGUUUAAGCACUUUUAAAAUAAAAAUAUCUAUCAACUUCCACAAGUAUAAGCAGAUAUAUCCACAGCCAUCAGAUUAUGCUGUAGGAAACUGCUGUUUCCUUUACCAAAUAAUCCAAUAAAUUAAUGUGUUCUGCUGUACUGAUUUUUAAAAAAAUGUUUUUCCCCUUCA